UCCCUGGAAACGGACGGAAGCUGGGAAGGAAUAACCAGAGCCAAGAAAGCGGCUGAUUUAAACCGAUUGUAGACGACCCCUUUCCGGUAGAUAGAACCGUCCACUAAUAACGGGGUGGAAGACACCAAGCUUCGUAAACAGGGAGUCCUGCGGUCGGGAGGACAUGAGCCGCUCAGCAGACGGCGACGAAGCCUCUUCUAUGGCGGAUCUGACAGAAUGGGAGAAAAUAAAUCCAAUGCUGAGGCGUCAUGGCUGCGCCGCGGUGCACGUGUCUGGGGACCCCCUUUCUGGUGCGGUGGUCCUGGACCGGCAGACGUCACUCGCGCUCAGAACAGCCAUUAAAUCGCUUGUGGAAGACACGGAGAGACGUCAGAACCUGAUCCACGGCCUCAUCCAGUCCAACAACCAGCUGAAACACGACGCCCGCGUGCAGCAGGACAGAGCCGGGCGCCAGGAGCAGAGAGCGGAUGAAUUGCAGCGGAUUCUGGACGGCGUGAAAUCCAAAGUCCGGGACCUGGAAGACGAUUUCAUCCGUCGGAUGCGUCAGCAGCAGAACGAGGAUCGUUGCCAGAAACAUGAGGAGAAUCUGCGGGCGCAGGAGCAGAGCAUCGCGUGUCUGAGGCAACGGCUGUCACAGGCGGCGGCUGCAGAGGAGAAGAGGAGGAAGACCUUCCUGCAACUGGUCAGGCGGCAGCCGCAGCAGAACAGCCACCUGGAUCAGCAGAUUCUCGAUCUCAUCGAUGGUUACGAGAGUCGGAUGAAGCGGCUGCAGGAUGAGAUCAGGAAUUACGAGUCGUCAGUGGAGCCUGUUCUGGAGAGGAAUCAGUCUGGAGGGUCUCUGGACCUGGACACAACACCAAAUUAUAAGGCGCUUAUCAAGUCCUAUCAGGGGCAGAUGCAAGAAGCUCGGAGGAAGGAAGAGCGGCUGCUGCAGGAGAACGGCCGGCUGCGCGAGGAGAUGGAGGCCAGACCUUCUAGAAAAGAAUUCAGAGUCUACAAGCAACAGAUGAAGAAAAUGGAGAAGAUUCUCCUCCAGAAUAAUCUGAGUCCAACCCGCGAGAGCAAGGAUGAGGCGGAGCCUCACAGAGCGCGACCGGAGCAUCUGUCCGAUGUAGAGUGUCAGCGCCACCUACAGGAUGUCUGCAGGGAGCUUGGAGUUCAGGAGCUGAAGGAUCUUCUUCCAGUCGCUGCAUCAAAGUUCAGAGAAGCCAAGAGCUGUUGUAAGCUGUACAAGAUCCUGUCUGAUAUUAGUGCAGUACUCUGUGGGCCCCGGGCCCCUCCGCUGCUUUAUAAACACGGCUCCCGGCAUCAGGAGAAUCGCGGUCCAGAGACCAGAGACGAGUCGGACUUCCUGCACCUGCUGCCGACUAUAGAAUUGUGGGCCGGACAGUUACUGUCGCUGCAGGCGCUGCACCGCUCUCUGAGGAAGCUGAGACACAAGCUGCAGCCCACCCCGCAGGACGACCGGACCGAGGAGGCGGCUGGUGGGGUCCGGGUGGAGGAUCUUCUGCUUCUGGUGGAUACAAUGCUGGAGGACGUGGAGAACCAGAGGCAGGGCUCGUCCCCUCAUGUGCUGCAGGCGCUUGUCUCGCACUUCCAGAAACUGUUUGACGUUCCAUCCGUGACCGGUAUCUACCCGCGUAUGAACGACGUCUACAGCAAACUGGGCGAAAUGAGCAACGCCAUGAACAACCUGCGCUGCCUUCUCGGCCUGGAUGACACGGCCAGUGCCGGGACAGUAGUGAACGCCGUAGGGAAACUGUGCAGAGAAGAGGAAGGUGGCCACAGACUGCAGCAGAUCCUCGGGACGCUGGAUAUAGACAGUAUCGUAAACAAGGUGCAGGAGCACGAGGAGUUCUUUCCAGCAUUUGAGGAGUUAAUAAAGGAGCUGCUGGACAUCUUAGGGAUCAGUCACCUGGAGGAGAUUCUGCCCGAGGUGCAGAGGUUAAAAGAUCUGAAGGCCCGGUGACUGGUGAUACUGGUUAUACUGGUGAUCAUCUGCCCUGUGUGGGGGUUCACUGUCUGGAGCCUCGCCCUCCCGCCGAUACUGGACGACUAGCGGUGUGACGCUGGGACUGGAUUGUAGACGUGUAGUGACGGCCAUGCUGGUUGUCCCUCGGAUUUCUAAAGUGACUGAAAUAAAAACCGCAAAUGAA